CGCUUCUUCUCCGAUAAAACACCAAAUGGCUGAUGACGCCGGUGCAGCGGGGGGGCCUGGAGGCCCCGGGGGCCCUGGGAUGGGGAACCGCGGUGGCUUCCGCGGAGGUUUCGGCAGUGGUAUUCGGGGCCGGGGUCGCGGCCGUGGACGGGGCCGGGGCCGAGGCCGCGGAGCUCGCGGAGGCAAAGCCGAGGAUAAGGAGUGGGUGCCUGUCACCAAGUUGGGCCGCCUGGUCAGAGACAUGAAGAUUAAAUCUCUGGAGGAGAUCUAUCUCUUCUCUCUGCCCAUCAAGGAAUCUGAGAUCAUUGACUUUUUCUUGGGGGCCUCUCUCAAGGAUGAGGUUUUGAAGAUUAUGCCGGUGCAGAAGCAGACCCGUGCAGGCCAGCGCACCAGGUUCAAGGCGUUUGUUGCUAUUGGGGACUACAAUGGUCACGUCGGUCUGGGUGUUAAGUGUUCCAAGGAGGUGGCCACUGCCAUCCGUGGAGCCAUCAUCCUGGCCAAGCUCUCCAUUGUCCCCGUGCGCAGAGGCUACUGGGGGAACAAGAUCGGCAAGCCUCAUACCGUCCCUUGCAAGGUGACAGGCCGCUGUGGCUCUGUGCUGGUGCGCCUCAUCCCUGCGCCCAGGGGCACUGGCAUUGUCUCAGCACCUGUGCCCAAGAAGCUGCUUAUGAUGGCUGGUAUCGAUGACUGCUACACCUCAGCUAGGGGCUGCACUGCUACCUUGGGCAACUUCGCCAAGGCCACGUUUGAUGCCAUCUCUAAGACUUACAGCUACCUGACCCCCGAUCUGUGGAAGGAGACUGUAUUCACCAAGUCUCCCUAUCAGGAAUUCACGGACCACCUCGUCAAGACCCACACCAGAGUCUCUGUGCAGAGGACCCAAGCUCCAGCUGUGGCUACAACAUAGGGUUUUUAUACAAGAAAAAUAAAGUGAAUUAACAUUGCAAAAAAAAAAAAAA